UCACCAGAGUUAGUUGAAUCCUUGUGUUACGCCCACAAUGACGGUCAAUUCAUACUUGCAGUUGUGCAGUAAGCUAACAAACAACUACUUGGGGUCGUUGUACCCGAAGAACGGCCAUUUCGAACAGGUUGUUACAGGGGAGAGCGAGAAAGUGCACCAAUGGUCAAUUAAAAAUAAUCAGGUUGGUCAAACGGUAUUAACGGUCAAUGUCAGUGAGUUAUCACCAGCGAGUUUGAUUUUGAUUAAUUUGGUCAAUCCCAACGCAGACAACAAGGUGGAGAAUGUGCUUUUGGAUUGGCUAAAAGAUUUACAGGAGGUGAAGUUCCCAAUGGAGGAGAUUUCCUUAUCAGCAGACUUGAUUGAACAAUUCAAUAACUUGUUCAAUUCCAAAGUGGACUGCGACGAGUUGAAGCAAUUGUUUGAGGAAAGAACAAGCUUGAAAGAGUCUAGUGAUAUGUUUGCUCAACAGCCGGUGAAAGAGUCCCGUUCAAUUGAAAAUAACUACCCCGAGCCUCCUAGUUUACAAGCCUCUUCUAAGACGGUUGGUUCUCAAAGACACAUCCCCGAUAUGCCAGGCUUUGAAGAUGAGUUAGAAAUUCAGCGUCCAAUGAAUCCAAAUGGAAAUCAUUCUGGUUUCCCUACCAUAGGAGAUCGGGAUUUAAACCCUCCUGGUUUACCGAAAAACCCAGAAUUGAAACCCUUCCUUGACCCCUUGGGCGGGAAUAGCGAUGGAGGAAUGUAUCCUACUCCAAACCAUCCCUUAUUUGGCCGCGAGCGCCAGGGAAAUACCUCUAGAUUAGGCGUACCUCCUGGUGCAAGAUUCGAUGAUCCUUUGGGAGAAGAUAAUCUUGAUGAUAUCGGGAAUGGGCUACCAGGAAACUUACGGGGCUCGAGCUCCGGGGGAGGCUCUUUCCCUAGCUUUCCUGGCGGCUCUUUUGGCGGCAGCAGCACAUUUGGAGGUGACCAUGGUGGAUUUGGGGGUGGAUUUGGUUUUUAAUUAAUGUUAACGCUUGACUAUUUAUUUUGUAGACCGCGUAACUACCUUAGUUCAUUAGUGUCUCAUCUACUUGUCAUGAUAUGCAGCUAUCUGACCAUGAUCUCUCGUCAGUUUCAUAUAACGACCUUCGAGUUGCAGGUUUUGCAGCCCGGUGAGAAUGACUCAAGUCUUCGGUUGGCUUUGUUCUUGUUCUUUCUUUUUUUUUUUCGCAAUCACACAAGGACAUUGACGUA